AUGACAUUGUGUGCAAAAAUAAAUGGCUUGUUUUGUGAAUACUCUACGCCACGAAUACUAGUGGUAAAAUCCUGGAAAAUCGGACUCAUAUAUCGCAUAUAUCAGUACAUAGUGCUGGUGUAUAUUUUAUGGUAUGUGGCUUGGAGGGGAGGCCACCAGGACACUGACACUGUUGUCAGCUCUGUCACAAGCAAAGUGAAAGGCAUAGCUUUAACAAACACCAGCGGGCUUGGUGAACAGGUUUGGGAUGUGGCUGACUACAUCGUCCCACCUCAGGAGGACGAUUCUUUCUUUCUGAUGACCAACAUGAUCAUCACACCAAACCAAACACAGUCAAAAUGUGCAGAGUAUCCAACCCGGAAAUCCAUUUGCACAUCUGACAUGAACUGCACCAAAGGCUUUAAGGAUGCUCAAGGGAAUGGUGUUCAGACAGGUAGAUGUGUCCAUUACUCGGACUCCGUGAAGACAUGUGAGGUGUUGGGCUGGUGUCCAAUGGAGAAGAAAGAUGAUCCUCCAAAUCCAGCACUCCUGGCAGAUGCUGAAAACUUCACCAUAUUCAUAAAGAAUAAUAUUCAAUUCGCCAAAUUUGAAUUCAACAAAAGGAAUAUCCUACCUAACAUGAGCAGCUCCUACUUGGCAACUUGUGUGUUCAACAGAAAUACGAACCCUAACUGCCCAAUUUUCAGAAUCAAAGAUAUUUUUGAAGAGACACAAGAGGAUUUUCAGACCGUAGCAGUCUAUGGGGGAGUAAUGGCAGUGCAAAUCCAGUGGGAUUGUGACCUGGAUAAGGACUUGUGUGUUCCCCAGUAUUCCUUCCGCAGACUAGACAAAAAGGACCCAAAAAGCAGUGAAACCCCAGUGCACAACUUACGGUUUGCUAAGUAUUACAAGAACAGUGAUGGCAAAGACAGCAGGACCCUGAUAAAGGGAUAUGGUAUUCGCUUUGACAUUCUUGUUUAUGGUGAGGCAACAAAAUACAGCCAUAUAAAAACAAUUCUCAGCGUGGGUGCACUCUUGUCAUUUCUAAGAGUGGCGGAUUACAUUUGUGACUUCUUUGUUCGCUUUACUGCGAAAGCUUACACAAAGAAGAAAUUUACAUAUCUUGAUGAACAUGAACUUGAAUCCAGUGAACCACCUAUUGCAAUGAGAGAAACUCUCUUUCCUACCUCCAGAACUGGCUAUAAUAGAUUUACUUGAUUCAGGCUUGUGUUUAUCAAGAAUCAUGCUUAUGAUUAUUGUGAUUUUCUAUUAAUGUUUUCUUGAGCAAAAUGUAUUAGAUUUUUUUUUCUUUUGCUCUA